GUCAGGCCGUUUGUUGUCAUUGGCGGCUCCCAAGAUGGCGUCCAUCAUGGAAGGGCCGCUGAGCAAAUGGACUAACGUGAUGAAGGGCUGGCAGUAUCGCUGGUUCGUGCUGGACUACAAUGCCGGGCUGCUCUCCUACUACACGUCCAAGGACAAAAUGAUGAGAGGUUCACGCAGAGGAUGUGUUAGACUCAGAGGAGCUGUGAUUGGUAUAGACGAUGAGGACGACAGCACCUUCACAAUAACUGUUGAUCAGAAAACCUUCCAUUUCCAGGCUCGUGAUGCUGAUGAGCGAGAGAAGUGGAUCCAUGCCUUAGAAGAAACAAUUCUUCGACAUACUCUCCAGCUUCAAAUCAGUACCACACUUGCUUUUUUCCAGUCUUCUGGUAUCUCUCCAGUUCUUGAAUUUUCAAAAAUAAUUGGUUUGGAUUCAGGAUUUGUUCCAAGUGUCCAAGACUUUGAUAAGAAACUUACAGAAGCUGAUGCUUACCUACAAAUCUUGAUAGAACAAUUAAAGCUCUUUGAUGACAAGCUUCAAAACUGCAAAGAUGAUGAACAGAGAAAGAAAAUUGAAACUCUCAAAGAGACAACAAAUAACAUGGUAGAAUCAAUUAAACACUGCAUUGUGCUGCUGCAGAUUGCUAAAGACCAGAGUAAUGCGGAGAAGCACGCAGAUGGAAUUAUAAGUACUAUAAAUCCUGUAGAUGCAGUAUAUCAACCUAGUCCCUUGGAACCUGUGAUCAGCACAAUGCCUUCCCAGACUGUCUUACCUCCAGAGCCUGCUCAGUUGUGCAAGUCAGAGCAGCGUCCAUCCUCCCUACCAGUUGGACCUGUAUUAUCUACCUUGGGACAUCAUCAGACUCCAACACCAAAUAGUACAGGCAGUGGGCACUCACCACCUAGUAGCAGCCUGACUUCUCCAAGCCAUGUCAACUUGUCGCCAAAUACCGUCCCAGAGUUCUCUUAUUCUAGCAGUGAGGAUGAAUUCUAUGAUGCUGAUGAAUUCCAUCAAAGUGGCUCAUCCCCAAAGCGCUUAAUAGAUUCCUCUGGAUCUGCCUCAGUCUUGACACACAGCAGCUCAGGAAAUAGUCUAAAGCGCCCAGAUACCACAGAAUCACUUAAUUCUUCCAUGUCCAAUGGAACAAGUGAUGCUGACCUUUUCGAUUCCCAUGACGAUAGAGAUGAUGAAGGGGAGGCGGAGUCAGUGGAAGAGCACAAGAGCGUCAUCAUGCAUCUCUUGUCCCAGGUUAGGCUUGGGAUGGAUCUUACUAAGGUAGUUCUUCCAACAUUUAUUCUUGAAAGAAGAUCUCUUUUAGAAAUGUAUGCAGACUUUUUUGCACACCCGGACCUGUUUGUAAGCAUUAGUGACCAGAAGGAUCCUAGGGAUCGAAUGGUUCAGGUUGUGAAGUGGUACCUCUCAGCCUUUCAUGCGGGAAGGAAAGGAUCCGUUGCCAAAAAGCCAUACAACCCCAUUUUGGGUGAGAUCUUUCAGUGUCACUGGACAUUACCAAAUGACACCGAAGAGAACGCAGAGCUAGUUUCAGAAGGACCGGUUCCUGGAGUUUCCAAAAACAGUGUAACAUUUGUGGCGGAACAGGUUUCCCAUCAUCCACCCAUUUCAGCUUUUUAUGCUGAGUGUUUUAACAAGAAGAUACAAUUCAAUGCUCAUAUAUGGACCAAGUCAAAAUUCCUUGGGAUGUCAAUUGGGGUACACAAUAUAGGGCAAGGUGAGUUUGUGGGCAUGGUCUGGACUGCAGUGUUAAAAGGAGAAUUUUACGUCAUUCCAGUGUAUGCUGAGCACUCGAUGUCAUUGCUUGCAUGCUGUGUCUCGUGUCUAGACUAUGAUGAACAUUACAUUCUCACAUUCCCCAAUGGUUAUGGAAGGUCUAUCCUCACAGUGCCCUGGGUAGAGCUAGGAGGAGAAUGCAAUAUUAAUUGUUCCAAAACGGGCUACAGUGCAAAUAUCGUCUUUCACACUAAACCUUUCUAUGGGGGCAAGAAGCACAGAAUUACUGCUGAGAUUUUUUCUCCAAAUGACAAAAAGUCUUUUUGCUCGGUUGAAGGGGAAUGGAAUGGUGUAAUGUAUGCAAAAUAUGCAACAGGGGAAAAUGCAGUCUUUAUAGAUACCAAGAAGUUGCCCAUAAUCAAGAAGAAAGUGAGGAAGUUGGAAGAUCAAAAUGAGUAUGAAUCCCGCUGCCUUUGGAAAGAUGUCACUUUCAACUUAAAAAUCAGAGACAUUGAUGCAGCAACGGAAGCAAAGCACAGACUUGAAGAAAGACAAAGAGCGGAAGCCCGAGAAAGGAAGGAGAAGGAAAUUCAAUGGGAGACAAGGUUGUUUCACGAAGAUGGAGAAUGUUGGGUUUAUGAUGAACCCUUACUGAAACGUCUUGGUGCUGCCAAGCAUUAGGGUGGGAGAUGUCAAGUUUACAACGGAUGACCAGGGCAGCAGGCGUAAUUAAGCAACAAACAAUCUUCCUUUGGGAGAAUCUGAUCGCUCCCUUCUUACUGCAGUGGUUCCUAUCUCAGGGAUACUGGACUUUCUGAUGCAGAUGAACAAUUAAAGCAAGAAGAGCGUC